AUGAAUCAAUUAGUUUGUAUUUCCGAGUUUAGUGGUGAACAAGGCUGGGCUCUUCGCCAAAUUUCGUAUAGAGACAUUUCUUUUACUAAUGAGUCGAUUAAUAUUGACAAAAGUCCUAAUGAUGAUAGAAAUGAUGAUAAGUUAGAAAGUACUAACACAAUAAAAUGCAGGAAGUUCGUAACUGCAAUGCAAUAUUAUGCAUAUCAACUCCCAAUUCGCCUCAAUUCUCCCAAUAUGCUUCUGCAAAUGGAAAGACUUUUCCAACAAUAUGUUGAAUUAUAUAAAAGCCUUCAAGGCUUCGUUUUGCGUGGUAAUAGUGAUCCAAGACAAGUUAGUCAGAGAAUAGUACUUCCAUCAACAUUUAUUGGAGGUUCUCGAGAUAUGAUACAGCGAUAUCAGGAUGCAAUAGCCUUAUUGCAUUUUGGCAAACCUGAUUUAUUCAUUACUAUAACGUACAACCCAAAUUGGCAUGAAAUUCAAGCCCUAAUGUUGCCUGAACAAAAACCUCAAGACAGACCAGAUAUCACAGCAAGAUUACUUAGAGAGGCUGUCUUGGUAAUCUGGGACGAAGCUCUCAUGUCAAAUCGUAAGGCACCUGAAUCUCCUGUAAUUCCAAAGGCACUAGGUUGCCCUGCCAAUAAUGAGGCAAGAACUUUCGCAAAGUACUUACUUAGAAUUGGCAAUGGUACCGAACCCACAAUAGAAAAUGAUUUGAUUCAACUUCUUGAUGAAAUGAUCAUUUGUCUACAGAAUAACAAAGAUUCCAUUGACUCUUUGAUAAAUACUGUAUACUCUAAUCUCACUAAAAAUGCCUCAAAUACUAUCUUUAUAACAGAGAGAGCAAUAUUAACUUCAUUAAAUAGUAAUGUUGAUGAAAUUAAUAAGAAAAUAAUGGCCAAGUAUCCUGGAGAACAACACAUAUACUAUAGUUUUGAUUCAGUACCAGAGGAUAACCUAAAUAUGCAUCCAAUUAAAUAUCUUAACUCUUUAAUACCUCAAGGUCUUCCUCCACAUGAGCUUACAUUGAAG